AUGGACAAUAUAUCUCAUCUUACUGGAUUCACUCUCUCAGAACUGGAAGAAUCAAUGUCAGUCAAACAAACAUGUCUUGCUCUCUCUCUUGCUGUGUAUCUUCUAAUAAUUAUACUGAAUCUGAUUUUGAUAGUAACAAUCCUCCUGGAGAAAUCCCUCCAUGAGCCCAUGUAUAUUUUCCUAUGUAGUUUGUGUAUUAACGGGCUGGUUGGAACAACUGGUUUCUACCCUAAAUUCCUGUAUGAUUUAACCUCUGACACGCAUGUGAUAUCUUUCGUUGGGUGCUCCUUGCAAUUCUUUGUCAUCUACACAUCAGCACUGUGCGAGUUUACUACAUUAUCAGUGAUGUCUUAUGACAGGUAUGUGGCAAUAUGCAGACCCUUAGACUAUCACUCUGUUAUGACAAACAAAACUGUAGUAAACUUGCUCCUGUUUUCCUGGCUUUUUCCUACCGUCUCUUCAACUAUAGCACUUCUGUUGACAAAACGUCUGUCAUUAUGUGGAUCCCACAUUGACAAACUCUAUUGUGACCUCUGGUCUAUGGUGAAACUCUCUUGUGAGCCUACUCUCGUUAAUAAUAUUUAUGGAUUUCUUGGAGUCAUUUCAUGUGUGUCUCUUUUAAUUCUUAUUAUUUGUUCUUAUAGUAAACUGAUUAUUGCAUGUAUCAAAUCUACAGAGACCAAAACCAAAUUUAUGAAUACCUGUCUACCACAUUUGCUGUCCUUAAUUAAUUUUACAGUUGCUUUAGUAUUUGACGUAAUGUUUGCUCGCUAUGGAUCGAGGGAUUUCCCACGUAGUCUACGAAAUUUUUUGGCCUUAGAAUAUCUAGUAUUCCCACCUAUUUUUAACCCCUUAAUUUAUGGAUUAAAACUGACUGCGGUUCGCAAAAGAGCCUUCAGAGCUGUUAAAAUCAAAGGGAGAGACCUUUUUAAUAUAAAAAAGAGGUAA